AUGGGGUCCUCUUCGAGACGCAGGGGCGCUAGUAGCAUUUCCAUCUGUCGAGCGUUGGUGCCUACUCUUGCCAUUGGUCUCUUUCUUCAGACUGCAAAGGCGGAUGGCUUAGCUACUGCCGCCAAAGGAUCAGACAAAGGACUUUUGAAUUUCCCGGGACGAAUUAGAGCUGCGACCCGAAGGGAACCGGAUGACUCCGAACACUCUGAUAGGCCUAUUCCUUUGACCAUCACCAACAAAUGCGACUCAACAAUAUGGCCCGGUAUCGCGACACAGGCUGGCAAAGGCCCAGGAACAGGAGGUUUCGAGCUUACCCAAGGAAAGAGCAAAGACCUCUGGGUCUCAUCAGAUUGGCAGGGACGAGUUUGGGGUCGCACAAACUGCACAGUGAAGGAUGAUUCGUGCUCUUGCAAAACGGGCGACUGUUCUGGAAUGUUGGAUUGCGAGGCCAGUGGUGCUACGCCAGCGACUCUAGCUGAAUUUACGUUGGCUGGUGGUAUGAACGGGAAACAGACAUUUUACGAUAUCUCAUUAGUAGACGGUUACAACCUACCAAUGGGUCUCAACUACAUUCCUGCAAAGAACACGACCUUUAUCCCACCCAACCUUACCAAUUGUGCCUGCAUAGCAUCUCCUAGUUGGAUUUAUGCAAGCAGCGAGACUGGGAUCUAUUACACGAACUCGACGUAUCCUGUUCCGCUGGAAACUCGGGUCAGCAAUGAGAAUGCUCGCAAUUGGUGUCCAUGGAAGUACCUCGCUUUUCCACCCACUAAGCCUGGCGACGGGGUCUACCCUUAUCCAGACGACGACAUUCAACGACCAGAGUUCUCCCCGUGUAACAGCGCAUGCGCUGCAUACGGGACUGACAAGGAUUGUUGUGUUGGAGAAUACCACGAUCCAAACGUUUGCAAGCCAUCGGCCUACAGCAAGAGGGCAAAGAUAAUCUGCCCCGAUGCCUACAGUUUCGCUUUUGACGAUCAGCAGUCCACUUUCAUUAUUCCCACAGGUGGAGGAUUUGAAGUCAUCAUGUGUCCAAAGGGCCGGUCGACUAAUAUUUUACGACAGCUUGGAAAAGAAAUGAACGAGCUAGCUGAAUCAGGCAGCCUGUCGGAGUUGACACAGAAGAAGCUCACAGACGUCACUUAUAUUGUAUCUGAAAAGAGCCUUGGAAAUCAUGUGUUGCCCACAGGACUCCUAAUGGUUUCGACAGGAUUGGCAACUGCACUUUGGCUUCUUGUCUAA